GCACUGGGAGCGAUGCAAUUAACUCUGUUAUAAACAUCAGGAAAACGCUUUUUAAUGUAUAGGGCUUUAUGCUGCUUUGCUAACUUUCUGAUAAUGAAAGUGCAGGAUGGCCCAGCUGUCAUUUCACCCACAUGUCCUUUCCCAGCCGCUGCUGCCUGCUUCUGGCCGGGACAGCCGAGUGCCAGGAGGGGAAUGCAAAAGGAGGGAUGGCAGCUUCAAAGAGAGGGGCUUUAUUUGACAAAUGAAAGCUGAACAAUACCUAGAAGAGGUUUUGCACCAUUUUUCUGCUCCCAACCACAUAUGAGGCAACAACCAAACUAAAAGUUGUUUGGCCAAAAGCAGAAAGCACAGAGCCUGUGUGAUCCGAGCAGGCUCAGAAGGAAAGCCCCAGCAUCGUGUCCAGAGAGGCAGAAAACAAGAUACUUUCUCCAAGAUGUUUCCAAUUUCGUUCUGAAUCUGAGUGAGCAAAUCAAGACUACUAAUACACACUGUCUGUGCACAUUAUUCCUUACUACGCACAGCAUUUUGCAAUUUAUUUCAAAGCCUCCAUUAUAAACAAAAAAAAUACUGCUUUUGUUAACCCACUCCGUACUGCUACAGUAAAGACUUAUAUUACACAAUCAAAGUCAAAGUUACAAUAUGUUAAGUAUAUAAAAGAUAUUAUUCACAUAUGCACGCAUAUGAUACGAAGCAUUCAAAUCUUACAUGUGCAUCAAAUUUAUGUUUCAUUUUAAAACUAAGUGUUAACAUUAACUGGCGAAUAAAGUUAUUUAUAGUCUCCCCAAAAGCCCAAAUCUGCUCUGUCCCUCCUAAACACAAGUUAUAAUAAGCAAUUAACAGAAGGGCAAUCAAAACCUCCCGGUUAUGCAAUGCCUCCAUUCAAUUCCAGUGAUAUUUGCAUUCGAAAGCAUCACUGAGAGCGCAGCGCAGCCACUUCUGAUGUUCCAAGGACAACAUAUUGCCCCGGAUAGGAAAGCAGUGUAAUUGCCCUUGAUGUGUGUUCCCUACCAGUGAGGACUGUUUGCAGGCAGGUAAGCGGGGCAGACGGCAGCGCGGAUGUGUGGAGGGAUGGGUGCAGCCCCAGCCCAGCACACAGCCUGCCAGCCGACCUCUACGCAAGGUACCGCUUCUCACAAUGAGUUACAGACCUGCAAGGAGAGGAAGACAAGGAGAAAAAGGAAAACAGAAGGAAUCCAGCCACCCAGCAAAUGUGAAGCAGACCCAAGAGCGUGAUGCAAUCCAAAGAUGUAAAUUACUGUAAAUCAUCACUGUUGUUCAGAAUUUCACACAGCCGCUUGGGCCAAUUUUGCUCACUUUUCCACGGGCACAAUAACAGAGGAGGGAAAAAAGUAAGGGGGGAAAAAAGAAAAAGAAAAAGACAAAAAAAAGAGGGGGAAGAAGAGUGGGGGGAACCUGAAGUGAGAGCACACAUAGCGCUCUGCGGUCCAUAUGCUUUAACUGUACAGAAGUUUGGGCUCUUACAGCAUUUUGUACUCCCUCCAAACCCUCGUGAGUCACAAGAAUUAAAAAGCUAUAUCGCUGUGGAUGCCAGGAAGGGCCUUACCACGGGCCUUUUGUCAAAAUAAAAAAAAAGGGGGGGGAGAAAAAGGGAAAAAAAAAAAAAGGGAGAGAGCAAGAACAAGCCCCAGUGGUAGGCAGUCCUCUGCGAGUCCUCUGAUGUCACGAGCCACAUGAUUCUCUCUCUCCAGUAACAGUGCUUGCAAAAAAAAGGAGUUUUAAAGCUUUUGCUUUUUUGGAUUGUGUGAAUGCUUCAUUCGCCUCACAAACAACCACAGAACCACAAGUGCGGUGCAAACUUUCUCCAGGAGGACAGCAAAGAAGCCUCUGGUUUUUAAAUGGUUAAGCUCCGCAGGUCACUACCAGCCACUGAGACCAACAGAGUCAGUAAGUGCUCUCUAACCACAGUCUAUGCAGUAAUAGUAGGUCCUUCAAAUAUUUGCUCAUUCUCCUUUUUUUUUUUUUUUUUGUUUUGUUUCCUCGCUUUUCACAUGUUACCAGUGCUACCCCAUUUUUUGACAGCAAAAAAACCAUCUCUUGAGUCUAUGCGAUCCAGGGACGCUGCAAAACUAAAACGAGGUCUGGCUAUGGUUUGUGUUUGCAGUUUGAGGAUCCAAGAGGCAUUUGCACCAGGAGGCGAAAGCUCUGCCUGAGACGACAGGAACUAUGGCAUCAAACAGCCUCUUCAGCUCCGUGACACCAUGUCAGCAAAACUUCUUUUGGGAUCCCAGCACCAGCCGGAGGUUCAGCCCCCCCUCCAGCAGCCUGCAGCCCGGCAAGAUGAGCGAGGUCAGCCCGGUCGUAGUGGCCCAACAGCAGCAGCAGCAGCAACAGCAACAGCAGCAAGAAGCCGCCGUGCCCCGGCUGCGGCCGCACGAUAACCGCACCAUGGUGGAGAUCAUCGCCGACCACCCGGCCGAGUUGGUCCGCACCGACAGCCCCAACUUCCUGUGCUCCGUGCUGCCCUCGCACUGGCGCUGCAAUAAGACCCUCCCGGUGGCCUUCAAGGUGGUGGCCUUAGGAGAAGUGCCCGAUGGGACCGUGGUCACCGUGAUGGCUGGGAACGACGAGAACUACUCCGCGGAGCUGCGAAAUGCUUCUGCUGUGAUGAAGAACCAGGUGGCCAGAUUCAAUGACCUGCGAUUCGUGGGCAGGAGUGGCAGAGGGAAGAGCUUUACUUUGACAAUAACUGUCCUGACAAAUCCCCCCCAAGUCGCUACAUACCACAGAGCCAUAAAGGUGACGGUGGAUGGGCCGAGGGAGCCAAGAAGGCACAGACAGAAGCUUGAUGACUCUAAACCUAGUUUGUUCCCUGAACGCCUCAGUGAUUUAGGGCGCAUUCCUCAUCCCAGUAUGAGAGUAGGGGUCCCGACCCAGAGCCCACGGCCCUCUCUGAACUCUGCACCAAGUCCUUUUAAUCCACAAGGACAGAGUCAGAUUACAGACCCCAGGCAGGCGCAGUCGUCCCCGCCGUGGUCCUAUGAUCAGUCGUACCCGUCCUACUUGAGCCAGAUGACUUCGCCGUCCAUUCACUCCACGACUCCCCUGUCCUCCACCCGAGGCACAGGACUUCCAGCCAUCACCGACGUGCCCCGACGCCUCUCAGGUGCUUCCGAGCUGGGCCCAUUUUCAGAUCCCAGGCAGUUCACAAGCAUUUCAUCCCUCACUGAGAGCCGCUUCUCCAACCCACGAAUGCACUAUCCAGCCACCUUUACCUAUACACCGCCCGUCACCUCAGGCAUGUCACUGGGUAUGUCCGCAACCACUCACUACCACACCUACCUGCCACCACCCUACCCCGGCUCCUCCCAAAACCAAAGUGGACCUUUCCAGACCAGCAGCACUCCAUAUCUCUACUAUGGCACUUCGUCGGGAUCGUACCAGUUCCCCAUGGUGCCGGGAGGGGACCGCUCCCCUUCCAGGAUGCUUCCUCCGUGCACCACCACGUCCAACGGCAGCACGCUGCUAAACCCAAACUUGCCCAACCAGAGUGACGGUGUGGAGGCGGAUGGCAGCCACAGCAGCUCCCCAACUGUUUUGAAUUCUAGUGGCAGGAUGGAUGAGUCCGUUUGGAGGCCGUACUGAGAUUGCUUCUGCCCGGCCCGACCUCUGCGAGCCAAAAACCCAAACGGUCGACAAACUACGAAGUGCCUGGCUUUUGUUUUACCUUUUUUCUUAAAAAAAAAGAAAAAAAAGAAAGAAAAAAAAAGAAAAAAAAUUGAUAGAUUUUACCAAUGUUUGCAACUGUGUAGAUGGGAUGAUAACGGCCAUAAAUAACACAAGAGUUACCAACCAACACACCACCGCCCAUGUUUCAGUUUAUGUGGAUCAAAGCUUUUUUUUUUUUUUUUUUCCUCUUGGAACCGUUUUACCUUCUUUGAUAUUUAAAAUGUACUUUCUAUACACACCCAAAAAAAUAGUCACCCCCACUUUUUCUUUUUUUUUUUUUCUUUUUGUCACAAGCAUUGUAAUGAAUAGUGAGUUCUUUUGCCAAUGAGGAGAGAAUGGACUCCCCAGCUAACAGGACAAACAUGGUGAUGCAAGGCAAAGGCUGCGUUCCCUUUCAUUUGUUAAAAACUCAUCAUGAACUCCAGAUACCGUUGCAAUCGUACAACCUACGGGACCCUGCUCACACACCUAGUGCAAUUCAACUAGCUUGUAUUGGUGCACAUAAGAAGGAAAGCAAAGAUCAAGUUGCUUCCAAUUUACUAUGACACAUUAAGAUGAAAAUAGCUGUCCCAAAACUCUGACUGAGACUUGCUGCAGAUAACAGUUGGAACUUCUCUGUGUUCACUCCUUUUUUGUUUUGUUUUUGGGUACUUAAAGAGAACAAGUCUUCAAGUUAGGCUAGACAGCCCCAGGGUUUCCUUUUUGCUUUUGUAUCCAUUCGUCUUGCCUUCGAUUAGCCAAAAACCAAAAAAGAAAACCAAAACCUUUAAAAACAGAACGUUAUUACUUAUGCAAAAUGUGGAAAUGGCAAUAUAUAUUACUAGAGCCAAAAUAGUAUGCAUAGUAUUUGUGUUCAGCUACGUUCUUUUUUAUAUUUUUUUUAAAUUAUAAGUGUGUAAAAUUUGAGGUUGUUUGCGAACAUGAAUCAUCAUAUAACUUUAAAAGAAUAUUUAUAAUUAUUUAAUGACAUUUGGACCCUUUAAACGUUUCUUAAUGUAAUGAUAUAUCGACUUCGGUCUCUAAAAGUGGUUUGUUUUUUUCGUUUGUUGGCCUUUUAUUUUUAUUUUUUUACAUUUCUACAAUGGUGUAAACCUCAAAACUUGACCCAACUCUGAGAAGCAGUCCCAGUGUGAACCGCUUUACAAGGUGACUUAAAAAUGAAACGAACAAAACCAAUCCAAAUGCUUCCACAUCAAAUGACUUUGCAUGUAGGAUCUUCUUCUAUAACUUAUGAAGGAAAUAUUGUGUUCAGAAUAUUUUAUUAGCUGUCUGGUUGCCUUCAACACAGUCUUGCCUUUUGAUCAGCAGUUGUGGAGACACUGGAAAAAUGGUAGGAAGGAUGAAAUAUUUUCUACCCUUCCCCUGAUUUCUUCCUCUCCCACGAUUUUUCUCGAAACUUCCAAAUUUGAAAGUAUUCAUAUUUAAAACAUUCUGACAGCUUGGUUUGAAUUCUGAUAGUUUGUUGGGGUUUUUUUCCCCAAAAUAAAAUCAAAAUCACAUACUAUAGAACUAACAAGUUGUUAGGUUUCUCAGAAAUGGGAGUAAGGGAGAACUGGUACAACCUUUUCUUCCCCUUGAAAUUUCAACCCUUUCUAUGAAAUUUCAAUAUGAAAUAAAAAGGUUCAAAAAUGAGAUAGAAGCUUCCCAGCCUGGAAUCACUGAGCACUAGCAUUAAAUGCUGAACUCCUAAAGACGUUGAGUUUACUUUAACAUAUUAGAGAAACAAGCACAAACUCAGCAAUACUCUGCUCUUCAGACCCGGUGCUGAAGACAUUCAGUCACCUUAAGUCCACCCUGGGACUCCCAGGUGUGGUGCACUGACGCAGGGAGAAUGAAUUUAACCUGUAACCCUUAAGCCAACCUGUCUGCUGCCUAAGUGCCCAUUGGAGGUGCACAAAUUUUGCCCAGCAGGUUGUUUUUCCCUUGCUUGGUGGGGCUGCCCAAGCCUGGCGUUGGCUUAGCCCUUUGAAAGGGCUGCGACCCUCCCUUCCUGCCCUCAGCACAGCCAUAACCUAUGGUCGGGUUGAUGGUUGGAUUGAUGGCCUUUAAGGUCUUCACCAACCUAAAUGAUUCCAAAACUAAGCAUCCUCCUCAGGGGCCGCUGGCCAUGGUGAUGCUCCUUGGCUGUGCUUGUGCCACCUCCAGUUAUUGCAAUAAAUCCACAGCAGGCAUAGCCACACAGAGCCACAAGGACAACACCAACACCAUCCCUGUAAGUUGAUAGCAAAGCUGUUAAACUACAAGUCAUCAUUAGCAUAGUACAUUCCUUCAAUCUGACUACGUGCUCUUAAAAAAAAGUCUUUGCCUUCUAAAGGUUGUAUACCAAGUAUGCUUAAAGUAUAAGUAAGACACUUUUUUUUUUUCUAAGUUUUCCCUCAAAGAUGGAAGCUGUAAUUGAUUCUAUUUAUUGUUGGUUUGUGGUAGCUUGAAGCAUACCACUGUCCAUUUAUUUGUAACUGUAAAAUACGUUUGUUAGUCUCAGCAGCACUUAAAAAGCCAGUGUCUGGUUACACAUUUCAGUUUUGGUUUUUGUUUAGUAAGCAAGAGAAAAAGAUGUACUGCCAGUGCAAGCUGUUUCCUAUUUAAUAAAAGGUACUAUAUUUGUACAUUAUUUGUUAUUGCUGAGAAGGGCUUUUUAAGGUUUACUGUAUGCAUAUUAAGUAAUUUUUAGGGUGCUUUUGUGUUGAAAUGUUGUUAGAGUGGCUGCAGGCAGCAACCCAGAUUUUUUUUUUUUAAGACUUUGUUGUAAAAUUCAAGCACUUGGUUUUUGUUUCUGGAUAAAUCCAGCACAGACCAGACUUCUGUUUUGCUCAGUACCGACAGAACUCUGCCUGAGCCCCCCAUGGUUUUAGAGGCAGGCAAUAGGGACAGAACGCCUUCUCCACCUGGGUGAGGAGCACAUCCCAACCCCUGCACCCGGCUCCUGCUGCUGUGCAGGUGCUGUCUGCUUGAACAGAUGGGAAGGAGAGGAUUUUCUAAGCACCUGCGGAUGGAGGAGCAUCAGCCCACUGACUUUCUGGAGACCCUGUGCUCCCCACACCUCGUGGUGCCUCAGGAAAACCUCUCCCGCCAUCAGAUGGCAGCCGAGGGGGCUGACGCAGAAAUGCACAUUGAAGCCUUUGGAAAGUGCUUCCAAGUUCACUUGGAAAUGCUCUUGAUUCAGGAUUUCAGACCAAAAAAAAAAAAAAAAAAAAAGGAAGAAAGAAAGAAAACCAACCAAAAAAAAAAAAGACACGUGUCGUAUUGUUAUCUUACGGGAUCAUUUUGCAAGGUGCUUAGCAUCAACAGAAAGGAGCUUUCUCUCAGAGGUACGACAGCCCUUCCCUUC